UCCGUAUAACGGAGAAGCACGGAAAGGGAAACGGGCGAGAAACAUGAGUCGAACUCGCCCCUGUGAAGGUUUCCACCCCGGAGGAAUAAAAAAAUCUUCAUAAAAAGUCUGAGAAGUACAAGUUAAGGAGGACUUGAAGCGAAAGAAGAGGGAGCGGAAGCGCAGGGAGAGGCGCGUGCAGAAGUGAUCCCAGGCGUCUGACAGCGAGCUCAGGAACGUCACUGGAUUUGACUUUUUCUUUUGUUUUGUUUACUUCGAAACGAGCCGUGUAUAUUGGUUUGUUUCAUUUGGCGUGUGGUUUGUGACUUUACUUUAGUGUGAUUACCUCAGAAGCGGACCUCUUCCUGUUUCGAAUUUGGUAAACAGAGGGCAGUAGGUAGCGGAGUUUGGAAGUAUAAUGCAGGCCGACUGUGGCUUGUCCUGCGCAUUUCUUCAGCGCGGGGGAAACAUUUGACAUCUGUCUCCCAGAUACUGGAUCUAAAUUUUCUCUCGUCUAGUUUUACCAGAGGAAAGAGGUGUUAAGUUGACGUACAGUGUCCCAGCUUGUAACGGUACGCCGCUUGACGUCUCUAAACUGUCCAGUUCAAGUGUGGAUAUUCAGUGAAAGGAACUUUUCCUGGAACUAUACCUGUCUGAGGAGCCAACAUCGGACCUGCUUUGUUUACGAGUGUGACGCCCCUGUUAGUGUUUGGAAGUUACAUUAUUUGUGUCUUUGUGAAAGGGCUUCUUUUCAUCCCCGACACCUACUGCUGUAGGUGGGUGAAGAGGAGUUGGAAUACACACGUGGACUCCGUGGAGCAGUGACUGUCCAGGCUCAGUGACAAUUGCCAUUGGAGGGCUGUGUAUGUCACUGGAUUAAUCUGAGAGAUAAGAUCAUUCUGCAUUGCCCCUACUCUGCCCAGUACCGAGUCCACCCCCCUCAAGAAAGCGCCAGUAAUUGAAACUAUUUUUAGGAUAAGGGAUGGGGUAAAGGCAGGCAGCUGGAAACCCAACUCCCCUCCACUUCCUCCUCUCUUCCACCCCCCUCCAUCACACUACCUCGCUCGGCCCACCAGGCAGCAUGCUGGGCGAGCCUGGUUUUCAAAGACUUGACUCACAGCUGAGUUUUAGAAGUAGUCUGGAGGAAUAACAAAAGUUGGGUGAACUUUCCCCUACCGAAUAUUCAGAUUUUGAGAUUUGUUGGAGUCACAAAGACCUUCAAGUCUUAGCAAUCUGGGAAUAGCUACAACCUGCUAAUGGAUUACUACAAAGAUGUCUGAAGAACUCCUAGUUAUGUACUUUUGGUUAAAUCUUGACUGAACUAAGUAAACUGUCAAACUCUUUAUCAGAGUAGCUACUUGUUAACAUACUGGAAUUGAAGUAAGGCCUACUUUUGACUACCUAAAAUAUCAGACACCAGCAAGCUGGAGCAGUACACACCUCCAACAAACAGAAAGAAUGCAUGAAACUGCAGAAACUAAAUUAACAAAAAGCUAAACUGACUAACCAAAUAUUCUUUUGCCCCCCACUCCCUUAUACCCACAGAGAAACAGAAUAUAUAUGUAGAAUGAGAGAUCUAUAGUGUGACAGAAAGAGUUUACAUCCUUUAUAUUUUUACUUCGAAGAGUCAAGCUGCCUGUACACCAGUUGUUUGCCUUAGAAACCACAGUAACGACAAAACACAAGCCAGAGAAGACGGUGCCUUUUGAUUGGUUGGUUGGUUUCCCACCAUUUCAAGAAAAAUUUUAACUGAUUUAGUUGGAUGUAAAAUUGUUUGUUUGAAAAGAACUCUGGGAUUGAAAAAAAAGAAAAAAAUACACGCCUAAUGACAAGUUACCUGACCCUUACCCUCUGAAAAAGCUCCACCCCACUUGUCACAAGAGCUUUUUCACCUUUUUUUUCCCCCUUGACUGACAAGUUAUUUAUUUCCCUGCUGGAUUUGACCCAUUGCCAAGUAUUUCCAUGGUGAUCACGUCAUCAUCCGUGGAGGACAAGACUGUGCCCUCAUGCAGGAUGGUCCAAACAGACCCUUGGAUCACCUCUGCCCUGCUUCGCAAGAACAAGAGUGUAAGCAGCUCAGGAUGUCCGCCCACCUCCUCCUCCUCCUCCUCCUCCUCCUCCUCCUCCUCCACUGCCCAGGGCUUCUCCCUCGCUGAGCCAGCCAUGACCAGCCAGCACACACAUACACACCCCUCCUUCAGCUCCAUCCACUCCAUGGCCGAGCAGCAGCAGGUGCUGUCUGAUAUGACCAUACUCCAGCGGAGGAUCCCCCCUAGUUUCAGAGACCCUGCCAGCGCCCCACUGAGGAAACUCUCUGUUGACCUCAUCAAGACUUACAAGCACAUCAAUGAGGUGUACUAUACUAAGAAGAAGCGGCGGGCCCAGCAGGUCCCUCCAGAGGACAGCAGCACCAAGAAGGAGAGAAAAGUCUACAAUGAUGGCUAUGACGACGACAAUUACGACUACAUUGUCAAAAAUGGAGAAAAGUGGCUGGACCGCUAUGAGAUAGACUCACUAAUCGGGAAGGGCUCCUUCGGACAGGUGGUGAAGGCCUACGACCACCAUGAGCAGGAAUGGGUCGCCAUUAAGAUCAUCAAGAACAAAAAGGCGUUUCUAAACCAGGCACAGAUUGAACUACGCCUGUUGGAGCUCAUGAACAAGCAUGACACUGAGAUGAAAUAUUACAUAGUCCACCUGAAGCGUCACUUUAUGUUUAGGAACCAUCUGUGUUUGGUGUUUGAGUUGUUGAGCUACAACCUGUAUGAUCUGCUGAGGAACACCAACUUCAGAGGAGUAUCCCUUAACCUCACCAGGAAAUUUGCACAGCAGCUCUGUACAGCAUUAUUAUUCUUAGCCACGCCAGAGCUGUCAAUCAUUCACUGCGACCUGAAACCAGAGAACAUCUUGCUGUGUAACCCCAAGAGAUCUGCCAUCAAGAUAGUCGACUUUGGCUCAUCCUGCCAGCUGGGACAGAGGAUCUACCAGUACAUCCAGAGCAGGUUUUACCGCUCUCCGGAGGUUUUGUUGGGAAUGCCAUAUGACCUGGCCAUCGACAUGUGGUCUCUAGGCUGCAUCCUAGUGGAAAUGCACACAGGAGAGCCUCUGUUCAGCGGCUCCAAUGAGGUUGACCAGAUGAAUAAGAUUGUGGAGGUUUUGGGGGUCCCUCCCAGCCACAUGCUGGAUGCAGCUCCUAAAGCAAGGAAGUAUUUUGACAAGCUGUCAGACGGUCUGUGGACAGUGAAGAAGAACAAGGACAUUAAAAAGGAGUAUAAACCCCCAGCCACACGGCGUCUUCAUGAGAUUUUGGGUGUAGAGACUGGGGGACCAGGGGGCCGGAGGGCGGGAGAGCCAGGACACGCCCCCUGCGACUACCUGAAGUUUAAAGACCUGAUCUUACGUAUGCUGGACUAUGACCCGAAAAGCCGAAUCACGCCAUUCUACGCCCUGCAGCACAAUUUCUUCAAGAAGACGACAGAUGAAGGAACCAACACGAGUUCAUCUACAUCCACCUCUCCUGCCAUGGACCACUCCCAUUCAACCUCCACUACUAGCUCUGUUUCUAGCUCUGGUGGCUCCAGUGGUUCUUCCAAUGACAACCGCAACUACCGCUACAGUAACCGCUACUACAACUCUGCUGUUACACAUUCUGACUAUGAGAUGACCAGCCCUCAGGCUCCCUCCCAGCAACAGAUGAGGAUGUGGCCAGGCAGUGAUGGUGGAGGUGGGGGUCAGGACCCAGCAUACACCCAGUUGCUGCUCCACAAGCCUGCCGCCUCCCAACAGCACCAGCGGCACUUCCUGGACCCGCCUCACCACCCCCACCCGACUUACUCCCACCACGGGAACGGCGGGCGCGGCCUGCGGCAGAGCGGACAGACGGGCAUCGGCGGAGGGGGGGGCCAGCAGGGAUCCUCGCCCCAAAUGAGUGACAGCAUGGAUGUGGGUGUGUCCCUAGGGCUGCAUCACCUGGGGGCGGUGUCUUCCAUGGACGCCUCUCAGUUUGGCUCCGCCUCCCUGCCCCUCGCUCUGCCAAUCGGACUGUCUGCCUUCCGGACUCGGACGGCCCCCACCGCCCCAGGGCCGCAAGCCCCACCCCCUGAGGACUACUACCCCGCCUCCAACAACAAUAACCCAGCUGCAGGGGGCAGAGGGAGGCCAGACUCAGAUGAGGGGCCAGCCAACUCUUGAUAAAACCUGAACCAUGCCCUAAAGCCAUACAAUUUUAACUACAACUACUACAACUACACACAUACAGCCAGAGUUCAGAGACAAAGAGGUGAACUUUGUGCUGAAGGAGUUUGUUCUGCAUGAGAGGAGGAGGAGGAAGGAGGAGGAUGCUGGGAAAACUCUCCUUUUAUUCUGUUAUUUUUUUUUUUUUUUGUCUUUUGUUGCGACUGUAAUUGGAAAGGAAUGAUUGUGACCAGUUUGUUUUUAUUAAUAUUAUUAUUGUUGUUUAAUAUUAUUUGAUUUUUUUUUCCUGUGGUUUGAGGAGUUGUGUGUUCUCCUUGAUUGUUGUUAAUGCCUGGAGAGGAGGAGGAGGAUGAAGAGGAAAGAGAGAAGAGCCAAUCUUUACCAUUUAGUUCAUUGGAGGCUGAAAGUUGAAGGAGAUAUAUAUAUAUAUAUGUAUGUGUAUAUAUAUAUAUGUGUGUAUAUAUAUAUAUAUAUAUAUAUAUAUAUACACACACACACACACAUACAUAUGUACAUACACAUAUAUACAUGGAUAUAUAUUUAUGUAUAUGUAUAUAAUGUGUGUGUGUGUGUGCGCGUGUGUGUCUCAUGGAUUCUCUUUCCUGUCUCUGUUAAACUUGUUUCGUUCGGGUUCAGUUUAUGUCCGUCUGUCGCCUGGUUUGUUGUUUUCGGAGUCAGGAGAGAAGGAGGGAGGCGGAGGGAAGAGAAGGUGACAGGACACUGAUGCCUUCUUCCUGGCGCUUCAGAGGGAUCUCAUUCUUCUGCUCCUCCUCCCCUUCUCCCUUUAUUCUCUUCUUCCUCUCCUCCUUCUCCUGUUGUGUUUCUCCUCCAGACAGCUCCUCCUCUCCGUGCUGCUAAUCACCACGACAACUGGUCCGGAUUGCUGCUAAAGAUCCAACACAGAUCAAUAAAGAAAUAAAAAGAAAUAGAAACAGAAAUAAAGAAAAAAAAACUUUUUAACCCUUCUGCUUAAGAGAAAAAGGAUAAAGUAAGAACCACUGCAUCUCAAUGUAUUUAUUACUAUUUAACAAGAAAAAACAAACUGAAAGUAA